ACAGCAGCACGAGCAGCGGCACAAGCGCGCGUCUCUCUCUCUCUCUCUCUCUCUCUCUCUCUCUCCGCUCUGUCCGUGGCUCGGGAGCGCACCGGGUUGUGCGCGCGCCGCCGAUUCGCCACACGGGAAGGUUUGCGGUUCCACGCGCGGCAGCACGAGCAGAAGACUUUGUUUGUUUGUUUGUUUGUUUGUUUUGAUUUGCUUCUGCAGGACAUAGGCGCGCGUGCGUUCUUCAUCUCCUCAUGGAUUCGGUGCUGCUCUUCUUCUUCUCCUCGUUCUUCUCCUCCACUGCGUCCGCGAUCGGACACUUCACCACGGAAUGCUACACGGUGAACGGCGAGGACUACCGAGGUCAGCAGAACCACACAAGUCUCCACGGAGGGAAGCCGUGUCUGUUUUGGAACGAAACCUUCCAGCAUCCGUAUAACACACUGAAAUAUCCGAAUGGAGAAGGAGGACUGGGAGUGCACAACUUCUGCAGAAACCCAGAUGGAGAUGUUCAGCCCUGGUGUUACAUUGCAGACCAGGAAGACGGAACAUACUGGAAGUUCUGCGAGAUUCCGAGUUGUCAGAUGCCAGGGAUUCUCGGUUGUUUUAAGGAUAACGGUGAUCCUCCUCCUCUCUCUAAGAGCUACCAGACGUCUCAGAAGCUCACUGUGCAGAGCUGCAUCAGUCUCUGUCGCAACCAGAGAUACAAGCUUGCUGGAAUGGAGGCAGGCUACGCCUGUUUCUGCGGCAACGAGCUUGACUACCAUCUCCAUGGCGACGCUCCCAGUUUGGAGUGUAGUCACGGGUGCUUCGGGGAUCAGCACCAGCCGUGCGGAGGAGACGGACACGUCAUCGUCUUCGACACCAAAGUAGGAGCAUGCGGUGGAAACUACACAACUGAAUCAGCCAUAAUCUACUCACCGGACUUUCCAGAUAAAUACAGCCCCGGCCGUGUCUGCUACUGGACCAUCCAGGUUCUGGGUGCAUCAGUCAUCCUCUUUAACUUCACUUUCUUCAACAUCAUGGACCAGGCAGAUAUGGUCGAGCUGCUGGACGGUUACACCAAUCAGGUGGUGGCGAGGUUCGAUGGGCGAAACCCACCGCGGGAAAUUGUUAACAUCAGCGCCGACUUUGUUAUCCUGUAUUUCUACUCUGACAGGACGAACGAGGCCCAAGGGUUCUCCAUGAUCUAUCAAGCUUCCAGAGGACCAGGCAGCAGAUCUCCUGAAGAUAACGUUAUCAGUGACGAUAACGAUGGCAAAGAGGCCACCAGUACAAUCGAUCCACGUUCUGGCAGCAUGACCGAGAGAUCAAACACCAGCAAGAAAGGCAGUCCGUCUCAGAUCCUCUAUCUGAUCACGUCCAGUCCCAAGUCGGAAAACGUAAUGCCAGGUCAGUGGCUCGGCCGGGGCCGGACCGCUGCGCACAGCACCAUGUGGACCAUCUACGCGCUGGCUGCCUUGCUAACGCUAACUGUGAUAGCCAUGGUGGCUAAGCUUUACAUUACAGUAAAAUCUCCCACCAUUCCCUCAGUGAGCGGUUCAGACUCAUGCUCUCAGAGCACCACCUCAGAGCCGUGGAUUAUCUUCUACAGACCCUCCACCAUCUCGCUCUUUAAAAAGAAGCUCAAAAACCAUCACGGUGACCUCAGCCCUCUGGUGGGCAACUAACCACACACACAUACUUACACACACACACACACACACACACACACACACACACACACACACACACACACA